AUGCGAAAUCUGAUACCCAAUCAAUAUUACCUUCGAAAUCCCCAUACUGGGGCCCCAUUGGAUCCGUUGUUAAGUUUCCGUGCGCAACGUACCACGGAAUUUGAACUGCAAGAUUGCAAUCCGUUUGAGUCGAAUCUGAAUUGCUUAAUCAAUAUAACUGAUCCUAUACAGUGGCCAUCGACCGACAACAGUGGUGGUUUAUGCCUAGUUGUAAAACCCCAGUUAUGCACUGGUAGAAGUACGACUAUUUCACCCCGCACUCGAUCCAGCCCCUUACCACCUCGUCAUUCUUCGCAAAAUUCACAGCCGACACUGGACAAUUGGUCAAUUUCCGGUACAUCCUCCAUGAAACCAAAGCCUACAGACCGGCGCUCGUUAUUGGAUAUCACUUGGAGUGGUCAGUCACGUACUCCACCAUCGACUAUUUUCAAUCUGAGAUGCCGUAAGAAGCGCCGAGCACCGCCGCCACCACCAUCAGCACUGCAAUCACGGACUAGACUGGAUAAGGAAAAGGUACAACUGUCCCGAUCAUGGCAUGACCUGGUCCGUAAGAGUUCGAGUCCGCAACCUGUGAAAUCGACCACUUCCGUUUAUCUGAAUACCAGUUUAAUCGAUGCUCAGUCGGGAUUUAUCAACUCGGACAAGGCUUUAAACACAGCGUUGGAUUCAGGAACGAUAACGACCACAUCAAUCGGAUUCUGUACCGCCACCCGUACACGGACUCUGGUCGAAUGUCCUCAGCUGGGUAUAGAAGUAUUUCGAGCGCAUACACUGCCCCGAGCGCGAGUGAAAUCUCGCACGGGACACGAACCGUGCAUCGAGUCAGUGCUUGCACAGUCCAAAUUAAACGGUCUUUCCGACUCAAUGCUGGCCAAAGCGGUUCGGUUCUCCGGGACCGAGCAGAACGGGGAUCAUUUGACGAUUGUGCCCUGGUUGUCGGAGACGGCGAAUAAAUUGGAAACCUUGCGAUCGCCGAAUGUCGCUCGGAACUCAAGCAUAAAACCCAUGAAGGAUGUAGUUGAGCGCUCGACCAGAAUGCACAGAUCGUCUUUGCCAUCCGAUUUGAACACAGAAAAUGAGACUGAAGAGGAGAAAUUGGACACCAUGCAAACUUCCGAGAAUGUGAUUGUUCACGAACAACACCUACCCCAGACUGCGGUGGGGAUACCUGUUCAAAACAAACCCAGUCCGGCUGUUGCGGAGCGUCCCUCGAAGGAUCUCGUGGCUACAUACAUAUGCAAACGUUUCUCUAGUCAGUCCAGUGCACCCGUCUCCCCGUCUAAUGUUAACGCAACCUCCCAAGCAGUUGGAGCCCAAUAUCCCAACUGUUUUAUGAGCGAAUUGAACGAAGUUAUUUCUCGGAUUCGGCAUGUGGAGUCUUGA